UCCUUUUUGCAUGUUCGCAAGCAACUCCCAUCCGUCGUGCUGAUGAUAAAGCUAAAGCUACAUUAAAAAAACUUGAUGGUAGUGUUGAAUUCACACAAGAUAGCGCAAACAUCAAUGCUAGCUUACUGUUUAAUGAAGGUUUUGAUAGUAACGAUACAACAAUAUACUUUGUACAAAUUGGACAAACUGGACAAACUGGACAAAUUGGGCCGGCCUCAUUCGCAUCCUUGGGUAUUCCAAUUACCCCACCUAAAGCCGGUCCCUUCAACGGAGCACUUCCUGCAAAUAUUAGUUUGAUAAUUGGUCAGCCAUUAAUAAUUUUGAAGAAUACUGAUACAUUGGAUAGUGCAACAAUUGAAAAGGAAUAG